UGGAAGGAUAUAAAAGCAGCUGCCAGGCAGCGUGGCUGGCCACACAGUUCUGGCCAGAGAGCUGCAGCACACUGCCCUCAGCACUCCAACCUCGAGACUUCCAUCCUUCUACUGAGCUCCCCUUUCAUCCAGCUUCCCAACAACUCCAGAACCCCACAGACACAGGGUACUGCUUCUUUCCUGCGGACAGUCAUGAGGUCCCGACUCCUGCUUUCUGUGGCCCACCUGCCCACCAUUCGGGAAACCUUGGAGGAGCCACUCGCCAUGGGCUCUGGUCUGGAGCCCCCUGCCUCUCCCAGCCUGGAUGACUAUGUGCGGUCCAUCUGUCAGCUGGCACAGCCCACCUCAGUGCUGGAGGAGGCAGGAGCCCGGGCCCGGCCCCGAAGACCCCUCCGAGUGGGAGGCCUCGAGAAGUGCUGCCCCACAGGGUCCCUCCAGGAUAUCACUGCCCACUUCAGUGGCCAGCAGCCCGCACCACCCAAGGCCUCCACCACAGAUCCCCUGGACUGGCUUUUUGGGGAGUCCCAGGAAAAGCAACCAAGUAGGAGGGAGAUGCUGAGGAGGACUGGCUCUCCCGCUGACUCUUGGGGUCCUCACAGCCAGAUGGACAGUGGCAAAGCACGGGGAAGCCCCCGAGGGAGGCUCUGUGAGGCCAGGGCACCUGAGAAUUCUCUGGCUAGAGCAUCCAGGGAUGGCUACCGGAACACCCGAGCUUCCAGGCUCCCUGGCCGGGCUCUGGCCUCCCCGUGUGGCUCUCAGCCCAACGGCAUCCUCAGAACUCUGUAUUUGCACCUCCCUGUGAUCCACGAACUCUGACCCCGCCCC